CCGGCAGCGCCACACGAAAAUGGCGAACACGAGCACUGCGAUGAACGACGAGCUGAAAAAAUAAUUAUUAUUUUAAAUUCCGUUUUGCCAGCGAAAUUCGGUGCGUGCGCGAAAAAGAGUGCGGAAAAGCGCGGUUGGGAAUUUAGCAAGCCGAUUUAUUGACGCAUUAUGAGGCGGUCAAAGUGCGGCGCCAAUGGAAAUGGUCAGCCAAAUGGUUAAAAAUAUGUAGCGACAGCAGCGUGCCAGCCCCUAGAAAAUCAAAUAGAAUCCAAAAUUCUUUAGUUUUCUGCCUUGCGAAUUAUGAAAAACCAAUCGCAAUGCGUGUGUGUGUGUGUACGUGCGGUGCGUGCGCGCGUGUGUGCGUGAGCGAGCGUAGAAGCAAAAGGCGCAGUGGAAAAUAAAAAUAAAAGCGAACCAAAAUUUAACAAAAAAAAAAAAAAAACGGAAAAAGAGGUGAACAAGCAAAAAAGAGAAGAAAAAAACAAGAGAAGCAGCAGCAAAAACAACACAAAACUGGCGGUAAAUACGCAUGCAGUACAAAAAAAAAGAAGCAACAACAACAACAAAACGCAACGUAACGGGAACUCUUUGACGUAUUUCCUCUAUUAUUAUGCAAAAAGGCAGGCGGCAAAUUGCAGCAGCAGCGAAAAUUAAAUAUAAAUAGCGAAAAGCAGGAUAUAGGAUACAUAUACCCAACGUGUUGAGCACGCCAGAAACCAUAAACAAAAGCCAGCAACAGGAAUUCAACAAGGAAGCUUCCUGAAGGAAAGGAAAAAAAAAACAUUAAAAUGGCAGCGGUACGAGGACAUCAGUAUUUCAGCCUGCGCUGGAAUAACUAUCAGAAUACGAUGACGUCAGUGUUCCAGCAGCUGCGCGAGGAUCUGUCCUUUGUGGACGUAACCCUAUCCUGCGAACACGGAUCCCUGAAGGCGCACAAGGUUGUCUUGUCGGCCUGCUCGACGUAUUUCCAAAAACUACUCCUCGAGAACCCAUGCAAACAUCCCACCAUCAUCCUGCCCGCCGACAUCAUCUUCACCGACCUGAAAACCAUCAUUGAUUUUGUUUAUCGUGGGGAAAUCGACGUCACCGAAUCGGAAUUACAGGGCCUCUUGCGCACCGCCGAGCAGCUAAAGAUCAAAGGCCUCUGCGAAACCGCCGAGAAUGCGGAUGACCUGAACGACGCUGCCACAGCAACGAUCACAGUUUCGGAGAACAUUCAGCAGGCGGUCGUUGGUAAUAUCGUAAACGCCACCAUAGUUCCGGGAGCACCAUCGCCCUCCUUGGAACAGCAGCAGCAGCAGCAACACCACCAGCAACAGCAGGCACAGGAGCAGCAUCAGCAGCAGCAACAGCAGCAGGUGCAUGCCCAGCAGCAACAGCAGCAGCAACAAAUCCACGCUGCCCUGCUGACGCAACACGGAGUGGCCAGCGGAAGUGUUUCCCUGUCCGGUCAAUUGCUUAGCUCCUCGGCCAGCGGCAGCAGCGGAAGUUCAGCCGGCGGACAGCAGGCUCCACAGACGCCAACAUCCGGUUUGCAGCCGACGCCGCGCAAGCCUCGACUAAAGCGUUCCAAAUCCCCGGAUCUGCCAUCGGGCGGAGGAGGAGCAGGAAGCUCUGGUGGUGGCUCAAGUAGCAGCUCAUCGCAGCAGCAGCAACCGCAACCGGCGCACCACCACCAGCACCACCCGCAGACAAUCCUGAUCCAGGGCCAAAAUCCGAACUCUAUUGUGAGCCUUCAGCAGACGGCCGACGGCAAUUAUAUACCAGUGUCGGCCAGUGGCGACGAUUCCGACGUCGAGGAUCACGACCACGAUCACGAGCACGAACACGGCCACGGAGGACAUCAGCACGGAGGACACGGUCACGGCCACGAUCACGAGCACGAUCACGAGCACAGUCACGACCACGAUCACGAGAGUAAGCCGAAUAAGAUCUGCAAGACCGAGCAGUCGGUGGCCUCGCCGGCGUCCAAUUCAUCCAGCGGCUCGAACAAUGCAGCGGGCGUGAGCGGCGUGACAUCCACCGGCCAAGCCAUCGUCACACAAAUUGUAGUAGCGCGCGACGGAAAAGAUACAAAAAAUAUGACUAGUUUAGGCAUGGGCAUGAACGGCGGCCUGUUGGGCGUGCCCAUGGGAUUCCUGGACUUCACACCCGAGCCACCAGCACCAUCUGCCACCCCAGUCACCGUUACGGAGCACGUCGAUCUGUCCUGCAACCCCAGCACGGACACGCGCGAUCUAUCAAAUCCCACCGAACCGCUCGAUAUAGACAAUCAUCUGGCUCAGCAGAUCCAUCGGCUCGAUCAGUCCCCCAUGCACUCGAUAUCUCAUCACCAUACCGGCGAUGAGAGCAACUCGAAUCUGGUGCAGCACAUCAAAAGCGAGGUUAUCGAGGCAAAGCACCUGGCGGCUGCCCAGCAGCAUGCACUUAGCCAGCAGCAACAUGCCCAUCACCAGGCCCACCAGCAACAGCAGCAGCAGCAGCAACACCAACAGCAUCAGCAGCAACAGCAGCAGCAACAACAGCAGCAACAUCAACAUCUCCAUGCACAGCAACUGUUGGCCCAGAGUCAGUUGCAGCAGCAACAGCAGCAGCAACACCAUCAGCAGCAACAACAGGCAGCCGCAGCGGCAGCAGCAGCAGCUGGAGUGCAUGGCCAGCAUGGGGGACAUGUGACGCAUGCCGAUAUCGGCGGUGCCACAGUCAUGGAGAUUGAUCCGAGCCAGAUUAAACACGAGCCGGGCAUGAUAAUAACGCCAGAGAUUGUCAACAUGAUGUCCUCAGGGCAUAUGGACAUGUACAACUCGGACACGAGCGAGGAUUCGAUGAUGAUCGCCAAUGGCUCGCCGCACGAUCAGAAGGAGCCGCACUAUACGAAUUUGGAUCAGCAGCACGGUAUGGGUGGCAGCGUUUGCGGCCCGGGGCCGGGAGGUGCUGGUGGUGGUGGGGGCAUGAGUGGUGGGGCUGGCUCUGGCUCUGGCGAGAAAGGUCAGUUUAAUGGUCCCAAAGCUUGGACACAAGAUGAUAUGAAUUCAGCUUUAGAUGCAUUAAAGAACCAAAACAUGAGCCUGACGAAAGCGUCCGCCAUUUAUGGCAUCCCAUCGACCACCCUGUGGCAACGUGCUCAUCGUUUGGGCAUCGAAACGCCCAAGAAGGAGGGCGGCACCAAGUCGUGGAACGAGGAUGCCCUGCAGAAUGCCUUGGAGGCGCUGCGUUCGGGUCAGAUAUCCGCGAACAAAGCAUCAAAGGCCUUCGGCAUCCCCUCCUCGACGCUCUACAAGAUUGCCCGGCGCGAGGGCAUCCGCCUUGCGGCGCCGUUCAAUGCCGCCCCAACCACGUGGACGCCCGAGGAUCUGGAGCGUGCCUUGGAGGCGAUACGGGCGGGUAAUACAUCGGUGCAGAAGGCCAGCGCUGAGUUUGGCAUACCCACAGGAACACUUUACGGACGCUGCAAACGGGAGGGCAUUGAGCUGUCGCGUUCGAAUCCAACGCCCUGGUCCGAGGAUGCCAUGAACGAGGCCCUGAACUCAGUGCGCGUUGGCCAAAUGUCCAUCAACCAGGCGGCCAUUCACUAUAACCUGCCCUACAGCUCGCUCUACGGCCGCUUCAAGCGGGGCAAAUACGACGUGGUGGCCAACACGAGUGGCGUGGCGCUGCUCAACACCUCGGGCAACACCACUGGCAGCAUUGAGAUUAUCGAGCACAGUCAGGAGAAUUCGUUGCAUAUGUUACAGCAACAGUUCCCGUACAGCCCAUCGCCGCAUCCGCCAACGCCGCAGCACCACAGCACGCCGCAGCAUCACAGUACGCCGCAGCAGGGGCCGCCUACGCCCCAGCACAUGCAGCAGCACGUAGUACACAUGCAACAGCAACAGCAGCAGCAGCAGUCGCCCCAUCCGGGCCACCAUCCGCAGCACAUGCAGCAGGAUGUGGUCACAUCGAGCAGUCAGGUGGUGCACAGCCAACAGCAGCAGCAGCAGCAACAGCAGCAGCUUCAGCAGAUCUAUCAGCACCACGGGACGCCGGAGCGUAGUUGAGAAUCACUGCAUGCUGCGGCAAUAAUGGGCAGCACCGGCGGUGGAGGCGGAGGAGGUGGUGGACCAGGAGUAGGAGUUGGAGUAGGAGGAGGAGCCAGCUCUAGUGGCAGCACGGCGGCCAGUAGCACACCCUUUGCCAGCAUAUCGGCGCUGGUCAGCGGACCGUCUAGUGCCCCACCACCACCGCCGGUGGCGGCCAGUGGCUCGUCGGCGUCAGUCAGCGGCGGCACCAGCAAGCGCAAGAAAGCCAACAAGCAAAAGCGUUGAGAGCAGGAGGAGCAGGAUCAGCCACAACAUGGCUUGGAAACAAUCGCCGGAGUGGCCAGGCCCGAGGACAUCAAGUUUAGAUUUAAUUGCAAGCACUGGAAGCGCAAGCUGCGUCAGUUUCAUUUGCUAUUGUCCAAACAGCAGUAGUCAGUCAGUCAGUUAGAAAGAUAUACCACAUUUAUAAAUGACCCGCAGACAAAAAAUUCCCAAGGGUGUAGGACAAAGCAAUCACAAAAAAAAAAAA